GAGUGACGGCCCCAGAGGAAAGCGAGCAGUACCAUUGUCCGCCACUCUUUGAAGUGUGUACAGCCAGCGUGAGUUUCUCACUUUCUCUAGCCAUGUUCAGCUUCCUCUUAAUAUAAUUGAUUCAACAACAAAUUCGCAUGAACCUUUAAUAUAAAAGUAAGAGCACUCGGAGGUGAAUUAGGCCACGCUCCCAGAUCUUUGUCAGGUGUUUAUCCUUUUGGAGAAAAGUGGGACGAGCCCUGCCAAUAGAUCUUGGAGGGAGGGUGUAGGAGGGAAAUAUUUGUAAUUUAAACUGGGAAAUGGACAUCUGCCAGGACUGUGGGCUACGAUCUGUGGUUGGGCUGCAGAUAGCAGGCUGGGGCAGAGUCUGCGAGCGGGCAGAGCUGUUCACCCAGAGCCCCUCACUCCAUUGCUUCAGCUGCUUCUCACUAGGCCAAGUUGAGGGCGAGACCCAGAUCACCAGCGAUCCUGUUUCACAGGCUGGGAGUUGCCUUGCUCCCUCUGUGGACCUCACAGUCUCCAGUAUCUCCAAGAUGGGCCUCCCUGGAGUGGCAUGGGGCCCAACCAAGGGACAGGGAGUGACUCUGAGAUGGGAGGGUCCCUGGCUUCCCAACUCAUCUUCACUCUCCCUCCUCCAUGCCUGCCUCUCAGUUACCCGCCCUUCUCCCUCUUCAGAAUCUGCCUGGCAGCUUAGUUGAGUGGCGAAAGGGAGGGGUGAGGCUGGUGGAAUUUAGCUGACGGGAGGGAGGUCAGAGCUUCCAGGAGAAUCUUCUAAUGAUCUUAGGGGGAUUAGACGGCCUGGUCCCGCCCCGUUGCCGCAGCCCCCUACACUGCCCAUCUCUGUCAGCUGGCCAGGAGACGAUGAAGAGGCUGGCUAAGCAGAGGACAGGGAGGAAGAGGGCCCGAGCCUAAGGAAUCCCUCUGGCAGAAGCAGGGGGAGGCGGGCAGAGACCCUUGCUCCCUGACGUCCGGGGGGAGAGGGGCCGGGAUGGGGCAGCAGUUCAGCUGGGAGGAGGCGGAGGGGGAGGAGAACCGCGCGGUGGACGUGGCCGAGCUGCAGGAGUGGUACAAGAAGUUCCUGACGGAGUGCCCCAGCGGCUCGCUCUUCAUGCACGAGUUUAAGCGCUUCUUCAAGGUCGCAGGCAACGAGGAGGCCACUCAAUAUGUAGAGGGCAUGUUUUUCCGCGCCUUCGACAGGAACGGGGACAACACCAUCGACUUCCUGGAGUACGUGGCAGCCCCGAACCUCAUGCUGAGGGGCAACCUGGAGCACACGCUGAAGUGGACCUUCAAGAUCUAUGACAAGGACCGCAACGGCUGCAUCGACCGCCUGGAGCUGCUGGACAUCGUGGAGUCCAUCCACAAGCUGAAGAAGGCCUGCAGGGUGGAGAUGGAGGCUGAGCAGCAAGGCCAGCUGCUCACACCUGAGGAAGUCGUGGACAGGAUCUUCCUUCUGGUGGAUGAGAAUGGAGAUGGCCAGCUGUCCCUGAACGAAUUCAUUGAAGGUGCCCGUCGUGACAAGUGGGUGAUGAAGAUGCUGCAGAUGGAUGCGAGUCCUGGCAGCUGGAUCUCUCAGCAGAGGCAGAAGAGUGCCAUGUUCUGAGGGGCCUGUGGCCCUGGGAGCCCCCGGGGACUCCAGGCUCACCAGGUUUCCAGAGUAGUGGGGGGGCAUCCCUGGCUCAGCCUGCUAUGCCUACUCUCAUCCUGGCACGGACUUCCUGGUGCCUCCCGUGUAGGGGGUGGGGCUGAGUGGGGAGGAGGUGUCUGAAGGGGUCAGUAGGGCCAUGGGUCCUAUUGGGAGGUUUCACAUUCAUGGGGUGCUGAAGGGAACUGGCUUCCUCUUCCCUUCUGCUCCAGGGAAAGCCCGGCCUUGGCAGGGUGGUUGAGCUCCCACAAAUUCCUGCGCAGUUCUUAGCUGAACGAAGGGAAAACUGGGGAGUGGGGAUCCCACAGACCAACUUAGCAAUGAGAAUGCCCACACGGCCUGAGACUGACUGGUAGCAGGGAGGGGCUGGCAAGUGUUGUUGACACGGGAGCAAAGGUGGGACCGGGGGGGAAGGGGAUGGCUAAUAAUUACCCCCCACCCCAACCUGAGGAAUGUGCCUGUGAGGACAUGUGCCUCUUCCUCCCCCAGUUGUCCUCCCCAGGGGUGUCCACGGGAAACUUGCAAUGAGUCAGGCUGUGGUCUGCCUGCCCUUGGAGGUCAGCUGUGCUUAAAGGGGCUGUUCCAACUCUGCCCCGUGCUGUCCCCCCCAACUCUCCUCUCCCCUCUGCAUCCCCACACGCACCUCCCCAACCCCCACCCCCAGCACCGACCUUCCACAGCUCCGCAUCGCAAGCCCACAAGUCAAACGUGUCUCCUUAAAGGAUGGAAGAAACCUUUCCUCUGUCCCUGGGGAGAACUGGGAGCCUGCCAAUCUGGGUUCUAGACCGGGUUUUGCCUCCAACUGCUAUGUGACCCAAGACGGCCACUUCUCUUCCCUAACUUCGGUUAUCUCGUCUACAGCGUGAGCAGUUUAGACAAGUGGUUUUCAGAUGAUUCUUUUUUGGAUGUGGAAUUCUUUUUGUUAUACAAACUGUGUAUGCCACCCCAGUACAGACACCAGAUGAAAAGGCAGUCCUUCUGGUGGCAGGGGUUGCUGAGGACCUCAGAAAAGGAACUCAUGUGAAUAUAUGCUUUUGUGUUGGUGUAUGAAAAAUAAAACUAACUUGUUGAGCCUGA